AGCUUCGUCAAAGACGUGGGUUAACUGGCUCUGAGUUAAGCUUUCGGUUUGCGUUCUUGAGAAGGCUGUUUGCUGUGUGUUGUGUUGGUAGACGCUUUGAUCUGAUCGUGCAGGUAGAUACACCGAAGAUGGCAGAACAUGGAGUACGUCACAAGGUUGUGGAUAACGUCGAUGACUGCGUCAAGGCGGUCGAUGACCUCCUCCAGGAAUCUGUCGUUGCUGUGAACAGCGAGGGAAUCAAUCUGGGAAAGAAGGGCCCUCUCACUCUUCUGCAGGUGGCCAAACUAGACGGUUUUGUCUAUUUGUUCAAUGUGUUCGUUGAGCCAAAUGUCUUUACCGAAGGCCAACUAAAGUCGUUUCUGGAAAAUCGAGAUAUCAUCAAGGUAUUUCAUGCGUGCAAUUGUGACAGCGCCGCCCUCAAGUGUCAGUUUGAUGUCAUGCUGAAGAAUGUUUUUGACGUGCAGACGGCUCUUUUCAUCAUUGAAAAAUCUGAAAGGAGACAACUCCCAUAUGCCCGUAAGUUGAUGGAUGUUUGCAGCCGCUACACUGACGUCACUUCCCUUGAGAGAAAAGAAGACGUUCUAGCCAAAUUGUACAAAAGCAAUGCUGCUUAUUGGGCUACAAAAGAAUUAACACCGGAAAUGAUCGAAUACGCAUGUGCAGAUGUGCGGAUUUUGAUACCAGAGGUGUAUGAGAAACUGAAAAGCAUACUUGACCAUAAGGAUCUCUGGAGAGGUUUCAAGGAACGGGUAGAUUAUGAGCUGAACUUUCGAUGGAACGAAGCAGUGACGUCAAACAGCAAUGAAUUCGGGUCAGUCGUGAAGGAGGUUCUGCGCCAGUUUGAAUCGAAGUACGCAAGCGAUAUCGCUUUUGCUGAUAUUUCGGAUGAAGAUGACAUCCAAGCUCUGAGACUGGUCCGAAUCACAGAAAUUGACAGGUUCCCUGUUCUUGUCAGGAGGUUGAAAAUCGAAUUUCUGAAGAACGAGCUGAAGAUGAUAGAAGAAGAGAUGACUUCACAAGGGGACUCAUUUUUUGCGACUUCACCUCAAUUGAAUAUGUUAUAUGCCGCAAAGAGAAGCAACAACUCAAAACUGAAGAACUUGGCUCAAAGACUACAACAAAAAGCAUAUGACAUACUGAAGAGAGACCUGGUCGUCAAAUACACGGAGCUAACUCCAAACGACCAUCUCAAAGAUGAAGAGAGAAGGUUGUUACGAGAUCUCCCUGUCUCAACCGGAACCAGCUCAGCUGUCAACCCCGUCCUCCGCCAUCUUUACAACGUCGUCAUCGACAGCGACGUGGAUGGAAUCGAGACUCUGAAGCAGAGGUUUCGGCGUGAAGGUAGUCGUUUCAGACUUAACGAUGCCGACCACCGACAGUACAAGUACUUCAUCAGCGCUCCUCGGCUUCCUGCCAGGCUUAAGACAAAGGCCAGGGUAUUUCUGGACGAAUUACAGGAGGCUGGGGUGGUGGAAGCUCCCAGAAGGAGGUCGCGGAAUCAGUUGAGAUAGAUACUGAGUGUCUUUAGAAUCGUCGCUAGGACCUGGAGUCAUAUCUGUUUUCAAAUAUACUCGGUCCAGUAAUGACGAAACCUCAUUCCACAAAUAAUGCCUCAAUAUUCAAUUUGUGAAAGUAUUCCAUAAUUGCAUUAUGUAAUGAAUGAAACCGAUACGUUUUACCACUUGCAUUUUUAUUUUAAUUCAAAAACUGCACUAUUUCCGAAUCAGCUUUAGCCCUUGUGCAUGUCAAGAACCUUUAUAUAUUUUUGUAUUGUGAAGGUAAGCUACAGAACUCUGAUGCUGUGAUACACUGCUUUAACAGAUGGUAUUGGAGACUUUGAUAUUAAAACAUGAAAGCACAUGUUCAAAAUAUAUGUUCUGGGUUCGCUCCAGCUUGAGAAACCCUGAAAUUUGGACAAUUUUCCCUAAAAACGGCUUUAAAUUUGUUUUAGCCUUAAAGAGCCCUCUAAUUGCUAGUAAUUUGCCUCUAAAGGCCCUAUUUUAGCAAAAACCUAUCAACUUGUGAUUUAAGGAAACAAAUGCAUAGAAAAAAGUUGUGAAGUAAUCCACAUCUUGGAACUUUCCCAGUGCAGCGAUGUAUAGUCUGUUUGCAGUGAAAACGUGC